AUGUGGAUGGCGUUCGGCGGCAAGCCACUAAGGUUCGGCCUCCCAGAGUUUGCUGCGAUAACUGGGCUCCCUUGCGGCCCUUUCGACGACGAUUGCGAUGAAACCGUCACCCCACCAAUCCCAGAAGGCGAGGUUGACUCUACCUGGAAAGAGAUUGUGUCAAAUGACCCGAAGAAAACUCUAGGCGACAUUGAUGGAUACUUCACAAGCAAGAAGAUAUUUGCGAAGAUGUCGGAUGAUAGGAAAUUCAAGCUGGCCCUCAUACUCAUCGUAGACGGUGCUCUAGUUGUCACAUACCAGUAUCCCAAACCGACGCCCAAAUAUGUAUCCAUGCUCGCAGAUGUUGAAAAGUUCAUUCAGUACCCUUGGGGAUGGGAGUCUUUCAACAGCACCCUCACCACACUGCGGCCAGAACCGAAAGGAACCAGAAAAGAUAUAGACCCUGUUGAAAAAUUCAGUGGCCAGACACGUCGUGGGACCAUGCGGCUCCAAGGUUUCCCAUAUGCCCUACAACUACUUGCUUUCAAAACCAUACCCAUAUUGCAAAACUGGCUCUCAAGCUCUGCCGAAGACCACACCCUCUUUCAUAUCCCAGACACAUCCGUUCUAGCGCAAUACCAAUGGGACGACGAAAUCACGGACCGAAGAGUCCUGUACCUUGAGAAGAAAAUCCAGGACGUGUACUCUUUCGCCCUCAAUGACUGGCCUCACGGUGAUGCGUCUCUUCAACCGUUGCUUCCCAAACCACCAAACCUAAACAAGUUCUGCACAGGCAACACAUUUUGGACCGCCGAAAAUGGAAAAACACUUCUCCCCACCCUAAAGAACCAAAACCUAAAAAAAAUCAGCACCAAACAGCCAAACAACCAUCCCGUUCUCAUGAAACAGACCACCACCUUCUACGCCAAGAAUUUCAAAUGCUAA